AUGGAUUACGAAAAGUUGGCUAAGAUGCAGCAGUCGUCUGCGCGGAUUGCUGCGAUGGAAGAUGGAAGAGGCAAGGGUACCCCCCGUCGCAAGGUCAAGAAGGUUCACCGCACCGGUGAUGCCGAUGACAAGAAGCUCCAAGUUGCCCUCAAGAAGCUGAAUGUCCAGCCCAUCCAGGCCAUCGAGGAGGUCAACAUGUUCAAGGAGGAUGGCAACGUUAUCCACUUCGCUGCUCCCCGCGUUCACGCCGCCGUCCCCUCUAACACCUUCGCUCUCUACGGUAACGGUGAGGAGAAGGAGCUUACCGAGCUCGUCCCCGGUAUCCUGAACCAGCUCGGCCCCGACAGCCUUGCCCAACUCCGCAAGCUCGCCGAGAGCUACCAGAACAUGCAGGCCGCCAAGGGUGGUGACGAUGAGGAGGAUGAUAUCCCCGACCUCGUUGAGGGCGAGAACUUCGAGAGCAAGGUUGAAUAA